AUCAUCGAAAGAAAAUUGUUGAAAAUGAAUCAUACACAAAUGGACUUGGCUCGGAAGAUAUUCGGCAUAUUAGGAAACGCCAUCUCCAUGUGUUUGUUCUUGUCACCCAUACCGACAUUUGUACGGAUAGUGAAGAACAAGUCAGUGGAGGAGUACUCGGUAGUACCGUACCUGGCGACGCUUAUGAACUGUUUGGUUUGGGUCCUCUACGGGCUGCCUAUGGUGCACCCCGACAGCACUUUGGUCAUCACAAUCAACGGUGCAGGACUUGCAAUCGAGAUCGCUUUCCUCCUCAUAUUCUUGCUCUUCUCCGACCGCAAACAGCGUUUGACCAUAAUCGCGGUUGUAGCCGCCGAGAUUGCGUUUGCGGCCAUACUUGCCGCCGUGACAAUGACUGUCUUCCACACCUUCCACAAACGUACCAUGUUCGUCGGGAUCGUGUGUUGUGUCUUCAACGUCAUGAUGUAUGCUUCACCUCUAUCGGUUAUGAAAAUGGUGAUAAAAACAAAAAGCGUGGAGUACAUGCCGUUUCUGCUGUCGCUGGCUGCGUUUGCAAACGCUGUUACGUGGACGACUUACUCUUGCUUGCCUUUUGACCCCUUCAUUGCGAUACCAAAUGUGAUUGGGGGUGUAUUUGGGGUGGCCCAAUUGAUACUGUACGGAGCAUUCUACAAGUCUACUCAGAGGAUAAUGGAAGAGAGGCAACGACAGUCUGGCAAAGGUGAAGUGGGAUUAUCCUCUGUGACCACCCACACCUACUCUUAAGAUAAUCAUCCAUUGGCUUCGGUGUCUGAUGCGAUGUCUACCGUCCGAUCAAUUUCC